AUGACCCAGGUGUUCAGUGACGCCGGACAUGUGGUGCCAGUAACCAUCAUCGAGGCGGGUCCGUGCUCGGUGACGCAAAUCCGUACCGUUGAAAAAGACGGAUACGAAUCUGUGCAGCUUGGUUUCGGCAGGGUUCGCAAGCCCAACAAACCCGAAAGCGGCCACCUCAAGGGCAGUCAGAUCGGGCGCAGGCUUGAAGAAGUAGCGGCCAGCGACAUCGCGGAAUAUGAAAUCGGUCAACUGGUAACCGUGGAUAUGUUCGAGCCCGGUGAUAUUGUAGACAUCAUCGGAAAGUCCAAGGGUAAGGGAUUUGCCGGUACGAUGAAACGCCACGGUUUCGCCGGCGGUCCCCGCACUCACGGCCAAUCCGACCGGCAGCGCGCACCUGGCUCCAUUGGCGGAGGGACCACCCCCGGCAAGGUGUUCAAAGGCCUCAAGAUGUCCGGACACAUGGGUAACCGCAGAGUAACGUGUAAGGGUCUGGAAGUGGUACGCGUAGAUACAGAACGGAAUCUCCUGAUGGUCAAAGGCGGCGUGCCCGGGGCUCCCAACAGUUCAGUGACUAUUCGCAAAACCGGCAAGAGCCGAGCCUGA